UCCUCGUUCCACCUCAGAGUCACUCAGCAGAAUUACGAGACACAUCUCAGCCAAAAGAAAAAGAGCGUCGCAGAGAAUAAUAGCCUCGAAUCAGCCACCCAUAACCACGUGAUAUCUUCCACUCCUCAACGGAUAAUAGAAAGAAGAGGCAAGCGCUCACUAAUCUCCAUUUUCCGUUUAUGAGAGAGACAUGAUCAUUUCCGCUCUUCAUCCCGCAUUCCUCUGCAGCAUACAUUCGCCUAGGGUUUCCCUGUCAUUCCCUUUCUUGUCUUCAAAGCUCUGUUUGGUUCCUCACUCUCCUUCGCUUGCUCUCAAAUCGAGUGCGCGGAGGUCCGUUUGUCCUUGCUUGAUCUCUUCUCUCAACGCCAACGCCAUGGCCCAGCUGGUCAAGGAGGACAAAGAAGCUAUAGCUUCUGCGUCUGGCGAGAAGGAGGAGGAUAAGAAGGAAAAGUCUAGUCACCGGCGAACUUUUCUUGAUGCGAAAACGGAAGAAGAUUUGCUGUCUGGAAUUAGGAAGCAAGUGGAAGCAGGGAAAUUGCCUUUAAAUGUUGCUGCAGGGAUGGAAGAAGUGUAUCAGAAUUAUAGAAAUGCAGUUUUACAAAGUGGAAUUCCCAAUGCAAAGGAGAUAAUAGUGUCAAAUAUGGCUGUUGCAAUGGAUCGUAUGUGCUUGGACGUUGAGGACCCCUUUGUAUUCUCGCCUUAUCACAAAGCAUUGAGAGAGCCUUUUGACUACUAUAACUUUGGUCAAAACUAUAUACGUCCUUUGGUUGAUUUUAGUCAUGCUGGCUGCAGGGAUUCAUAUGUUGGCAAUAUUUCCCUUUUCCAUGAAGUGGAAAAACAGCUUCAGCAGGGUCACAAUGUUGUCUUGAUAUCAAACCACCAAACUGAAGCAGACCCUGCCGUCAUUGCACUAUUGCUUGAGAAAACAAAUCCCUAUAUUGCUGAGAACUUGAUCUAUGUAGCAGGGGAUAGAGUUAUAACAGAUCCUCUUUGCAAACCAUUCAGCAUGGGCAGGAAUCUUAUAUGUGUGUACUCAAAAAAACACAUGGGUGAUGAUCCUGAACUUAUUGAGAUGAAGAAAAGAGCAAAUAUUCGUAGUUUGAAGGAAAUGGCUGGGAUUUUAAGCUUUAAAACCCUUCAACAUAUUCCUCAUGUCUUUUAUUACUUGGACAAAAACUUUUUGACAAGCUGGUAUAUUUGUCAAAUGCUGCUUCAAGCGAAUUAUUCCUCCAGUUAUUUUUCUACCAUAAAAAAUACAGGUCAUUUCUCCUUUUUCUCUUGUAGGAGUGGCAAAAUUUCAUCCAACAUUUUGACUUGGUUUCUCAGAUUUUUCUCUCGGCAUUUUCAAAUUAUCAAAUGAUAUAUUGUAAAACAAAUAAUACAUUAUCCAAUUAAUGUGCAAAUUAAUUUAAAUUUAAAUUUACUUUAUAGAAAAUCAUUUAAAUUAUUUGAAGAAAUUACCAUUUUAAUUUAAGAGAAUAAUUUUUAAUAUACUUAGAACAUAAAACUUAAUUUUAUAUAAAGUAAACUUGUAAGUUGUAACGACCAGUUUGCGGUGCAAAAUUUUUUGAUAAAUUUGUAAAGUUCAUGAAAUUAAAAGAUAUAAUCAAAAUUAAGUUAUACAACUUAAUAAUAAGUAUAAAUAUAUCAAAUAAACAUAAAAUUUAUAAAUUUUAAAUAUUAUAUAUAGUGACUUUAUUACUAUCAGAAUGAGCGAUUAGGGCAGGUUCUUGAUAGAAAUUUAAGUAUAUAGGAGCGUUUAGGGCAGGUUCUUCAUAGAAAUUUAAGUAUAUAGGUUGCUCUCAAAAAAUUUGAGAGAAAUAGGGCUGUUUUUGGCUUGAAGUGGAGGCUAGAAAUAAGCUGAAAGAAGUAUGGAACUUUGUGUGCUGGAGGAGCUGGAGAGAAGGCUUGUGCUGAAGUGGAUAAAACAACAAUUAUUGUACUGCUCUGAAAGAUUCCUGAAUUCCAGCUGCGCUGAUGACCUGAUGUGAAAUAAAGAAAAGUAAUGGCCGUUACAUCAAGGCUUGUAACUGCCGUGACUAUUGCGUAAUGGCCAUAAUGGCCGUUACAGCAACAAAAUUUUUCCACCAUUAUUUAAAAGCUUUAACAGCCACGGUCUACUUGUAAACCUGUAAAUGUAACGGCCGUUAUUUAAAACCAUGGUAUAUAUACUAUAUAUAUAAUCUAUUGAGAUUGAAUAAACUAUAA